AUGUACGAGUUUAUAAUUAUCGUAACACUAACGCUAUUAACUCUAACGAAAGGUGGUGAUUACAGUGUGAUAGAUUUAAGUGAUAUUUUAAACGUCGAUUAUAUGCCCGGUAGUUUGCUAGUGUUAGAAAAUCCCGAAGAAAUUGGCCCGGAGAAUGCCACAGAAAUCGAUCUUAUGGAACACCAUGGUACUAUGCGCGAUGCCCUAACCACGAUGAACUUCCACAGAAAAAUGAUGAAUGAGUAUUUAUGUCGGAAUUAUAUCUCCGAACAAAUUAUUUCGGAGAUGAGGUCGUCACGUAUCCGUCGUCGAUUAGGCAAUCCAAUGGAGAAUCAUGGACGACAAGCAGCUACAUUCCCAACGAGUAAUUUGUCGAUCAAGAAUAAUCUGAUAGAAGAUGAGGGAUCGGCAGGUUAUCAAGAUUGGUUAAAGAAAAGCGCCACUCUGGAAGACAUCUAUCGCCACUACGACUCCCAAAACCACGACAAUCAAGAAGUUAGUCGAGACGACGCGGAGGAUAAUGAAGAAUUCGAUGGGCACAUAACGGGAUACGCUUACCAACAACCCCAUAACCUAGGAUCUCCGGCUAAGUUUGGACACAGUGGAACCGGGGUGGGGUAUCCUUCUUAUCAUGGCGGCUACGGCGGCGGGCAUACGAGUGGUAGUGGUACGGGUGGGGGUGGACUACUCGGAUAUAAUUCCGGUGGACACGGUGGGGGUGGAUACGGCAUUGGAUUGGGAGGUCAUGGAGGAGGGGAUUUAGGCCACGGUGGCGGUUUUGGUGGGCACGGUGGGAGCGGAUACGGUGGUCAUGGGGAUCAUCUGUUUGGUGAUGGUACGAACGGACAUCAUGGGCACGGGGUUACAGCAAUUCAUGAAUAUCACAAGCACCACGGGGGAAAUGACAAGGAUAAAUUGGCAGAUUUAUUCGACGUAGCUCUAACUGCACUUGCUUAUCUUUCAUUUGGAAUGUUUAUUGUUCAAGUAAUAAUGUGUGUAUCAAUGGGGACGACCACCACGACAACCACAACAACAAUGGCUCCGGCGGUUAUGAAUCUCGCUGCAAGUUUUGGAGGAGGUAUGAAUAGAGGUGAACUCAUGGGUGGUGGGAAUCAGGGUAAUGACGGCAUAGGUGAUGAUGCGGAUAUGGAAUUAGAAGAUGCCGACUUUGAUGAUGCUGUCGAAGAAGACUUUGGUGAUGGUUAUGUUAGAAUUGGGAAAGGUGCGGGUUCGGGUUCAGUUAGUAAAGUAAAGAUAGUAUGGAAUGGUUGGGGUUCAGGAGGUACCACGGGUGACGACGAGGAAGUCGAAAUAGAUGGGUUUAGUGGAGAAGAUAGAUCCAAGGCAAAAAUUAGGGGCAGACGAGAAAUACCAAUUAUUACACAAGGAAAUAAUGCGCUUCUCAACGAACUUUCGAGACGAGUGCUAAUGUCUAUAGAAGCUGCAUUAAUUGCCAACCAAGAUGAUGGUAACUGCUUGAGACGUACUUUAUGCGAGAACAAUUUGUAUUCAAGAAACCUAGAAGAUAAUCAAAAGUAUUGGAUGCCGGUCUGGAGCUUGGGAAUGAGUUGGUUAUCAGGAAGACUAAUACAAGGAUUACCUCGUACAACUUCAAUGUUGGACAGCUUGAAAGCAUCGAUCCUUGGAUUAGGAAAAUCAGAUUGCGAAUUCAUCUACAACCAAUGCGAUUUGGCAAAUGAGAGACAAAAACGACGGCGACGGAGAAAGAGAAAUGCAUAAAAUACGUACUCAUUCCCUUAGAAAUUAGGAAUUGUGUAUUAUCUGAAAAGGUGUUCAU